AUGUCCGCCGACGAGAAAACGCCUAUUGGCGUGGAGUCGGCACCAACCUCAAGCCACAGCAACUCGUCAGAUAUCGAUGCCACGCUUUCAUCCAGAGCUGGUCGCGAUGCUGAACUGAAAAAGGUGGACUCCAAAGUACCCACCCCUCCGGCUCCAAGGGCCGACAACAUCGAUGAGCUUUACGCGCAUCUGCCUCCACACCAGGCCGAGAUCUUGAAGCGCCAGGUCUAUACCCCAGAGAUCAAGGCUGGUGUCAAGGCCAUCUACCGAUAUUCCUCUCGAGCCGACCUGACUAUCAUCUUCGUUUCCUCUAUCUGUGCUAUCGCCUCUGGAGCCGCCAUUCCUCUGAUGACCGUCAUCUUUGGUAACCUUCAACACGUGUUUCAGGAGUACUUCUACGCCCAGGGCCUCAUGACUUAUGACCAAUUUGCUAGCAAGCUGAGCCACUUUGUUCUCUACUUUGUGUACUUGGCCAUUGGAGAAUUCAUUGUCACCUACAUCUGCACCGUCGGUUUCAUUUACACUGGUGAGCAUAUCGCCGCCAAGAUUCGUGAGCACUAUCUUGAGAGCUGCAUGCGCCAGAACAUUGGUUUCUUCGAUAAGAUCGGUGCUGGUGAAGUCACCACGCGUAUCACCUCAGAUACCAAUCUCAUCCAGGAUGGCAUCUCGGAAAAGGUUUCUCUCACCCUCGCUGCUCUUGCUACCUUCGUCACCGCAUUCGUCAUCGGCUUUGUCAACUACUGGAAGUUGACUCUUAUUCUCUCUUCCACCGUGUUCGCCUUGCUUAUCAACGUCGGCACUGGUGGUAGUAUUAUGCUCAAGCACAACAAGGCUUCUCUCGAGGCUUAUGCUCAGGGCGGUAGCGUGGCAGAUGAAGUUCUGAGCUCGAUCCGAAACGCUGUUGCUUUUGGCACUCAAGAUCGCCUGGCCAAGCAGUACGAUAAGCAUCUUCAAAAGGCCGAGUAUUUUGGAUCUCGCGUCAAGGCCUCCAUGGCUGUCAUGGUCGCCGGCAUGAUGCUGAUUCUGUAUUUGAACUACGGCCUUGCGUUCUGGCAAGGCAGCAAAUUCCUCGUGGAGGGUAUCAUCCCGCUGUCCAAGGUCCUGAUCAUCAUGAUGUCUGUCAUGAUUGGUGCCUUCAACCUGGGCAACGUUACUCCCAACAUUCAGGCCUUCACUACUGCUCUUGCAGCCGCCGCUAAAAUCUUCAACACUAUCGACCGAAUCUCUCCUUUGGAUCCCAACGACAAUAAGGGCGAGAAGAUCGAGAACUUCCAAGGAAACAUUCGCCUGGAAAAUGUCGAGCACAUUUACCCAUCCCGACCUGAGGUUAAGGUUAUGAACGGCGUCUCUCUUGAUAUCCCUGCUGGUAAAACGACCGCUCUGGUUGGUGCUUCUGGUUCUGGCAAGAGUACCAUUGUUGGUUUAGUUGAACGGUUUUACGACCCUGUCGGAGGCACAGUGUACCUUGAUGGCCAUGACAUUAGCAAGCUUAAUCUUAGAUGGCUACGUCAACAAAUGGCCCUUGUCAGCCAGGAACCUACUCUUUUCGGAACGUCCAUCUACAACAAUAUUCGCCACGGUUUGAUCGGCACACCACAUGAAAAUGAUAGCGAGGAGAAGCAACGCGAGCUUGUUAUCGCAGCAGCUGUCAAGGCCAAUGCCCACGAUUUUAUUUCUGCCCUUCCUGAAGGAUAUGAGACAAACGUUGGUGAGCGUGGUUUCCUCUUAUCUGGUGGUCAGAAACAACGUAUCGCUAUCGCUCGUGCCGUCGUAUCGAACCCCAAGAUUUUGCUGCUAGAUGAAGCCACUUCUGCUCUUGAUACCAAAUCCGAAGGUGUCGUUCAAGCCGCUUUGGAAGCUGCCUCGCAGGGUCGAACCACCAUCACCAUUGCCCACAGAUUAUCCACCAUCAAAGACGCUCAUAACAUUGUCGUCAUGUCUCAAGGUAGCAUCGUAGAACAAGGUACCCACGACGAGCUUCUUGAAAAACAGGGUGCCUACUAUAAUCUUGUUUCAGCCCAAAAGAUUGCCGUUGCUACUCAAGAUACGCCAGCGGAUGAACAAGAAAUUGAUGAGAAGGCCGAACUCCUGAUUCGCAAGCAUACUACUAACAAGGACGAGUACGAAGCCGACCCUGAUGACGAUAUUGCCGCCAAACUUGACCGAUCAGCUACGCAAAAGUCUGCCUCGAGCAUUGCCCUUCAGAAGCGAAAGGAGGAAGAGGAUAAGGAGUAUAGCUUGUGGACUCUUAUUAAACUGAUUGCCUCAUUCAACGGUCCCGAGUUGAAGCUGAUGAUUUUGGGUCUCUUUUUCUCUGCCAUUUGUGGUGGCGGUAACCCUACUUCUGCAGUCUUCUUCGCCAAACAAAUCGUCACUCUUUCGCAGCCCAUCACCCCCGAGAAUGCGCACCACAUCAAGAAGACCUCUGAUUUCUGGAGUGCCAUGUUCUUGAUGCUUGCCUUCGUUCAGUUUAUCGCCUUCUCAUCUCAGGGCAUCUUGUUCGCUAAAUGUUCUGAGCGUCUUGUUCACCGUGUUCGAGACCGUGCUUUUCGCUCAAUGUUGCGCCAAGACGUUGCUUUCUUUGACAAGGACGAGAAUACUUCGGGUGCUUUGACUUCCUUCCUUUCGACUGAGACAACUCACGUCGCUGGUCUCAGUGGCGCCACCCUCGGCACUUUGCUCAUGAUGUGGACAACUUUGAUCACUGCCAUCGUCGUGUCGGUUUCCAUUGGAUGGAAGCUCGCGCUCGUUGCUACCGCUACUAUUCCCAUCUUGCUGGCAUGUGGUUUCUUCCGUUUCUGGCUGCUUGCCCACUUCCAAAGGCGUUCCAAGGCAGCGUACGCCGCCUCCGCUACCUUUGCUUCCGAGGCUAUCUCUGCCAUCCGAACUGUAGCGGCUCUUACCCGCGAGAACGAUGUCUUGAGAAUGUACCACGACUCCCUUGUUGAACAGCAGCGACGUAGUCUUAGGUCUGUGUUGAAGUCUAGCUCUUUGUACGCCGCUUCGCAGUCUCUCAUCUUCUUGGUCUUCGCUCUGGGCUUCUGGUAUGGUGGUACCCUGAUUGGAAAGGGUGAAUAUGACCUGUUCCAGUUCUUCCUUUGCUUCAUGGCCAUUAUUUUUGGUGCCCAGUCAGCUGGUACUAUCUUCUCUUUUGCCCCGGAUAUGGGCAAGGCGCACCACGCCGCCAAGGAGUUGAAGACCCUGUUUGACCGCAAGCCCACCAUCGAUACGUGGUCAGAGGAAGGCCAGCCCGUGACCGAAGUUGACGGAAGAUUGGAAUUCCGCGACGUCCAUUUCCGCUACCCGACUCGCCCUGACCAGCCAGUUCUGCGAGGCUUGAACUUGACCAUCCAGCCUGGACAGUACGUUGCUCUUGUCGGUGCCUCUGGCUGUGGUAAGAGUACUACUAUUGCUCUCUUGGAACGAUUCUACGAUCCCCUGAGUGGUGGCGUUUUCAUCGAUGGUAAGGAGAUUAGCAGCCUCAACUUGAACGAUUAUCGAUCCUUUAUCGCGCUUGUCAGCCAAGAGCCUACGCUGUACCAGGGAACCAUCAAGGAAAACAUCUUGCUCGGAUCUGCUGAGGAGAAUGUUUCUGACGAGGCCGUUGAGUUUGCUUGCCGCGAAGCCAACAUCUAUGACUUCAUUGUCUCUUUGCCUGAGGGUUUUAACACUGUUGUGGGCAGCAAGGGAACAUUGCUGUCUGGUGGUCAGAAGCAGCGAAUUGCUAUUGCCCGAGCACUUAUCCGCAACCCCAAAAUCCUGCUCCUCGAUGAGGCCACAUCCGCUUUGGAUUCCGAGUCCGAACACGUUGUCCAAGCUGCUUUGGACAAGGCCGCCAAGGGUCGCACGACCAUUGCUGUAGCCCACCGUCUCAGCACAAUCCAGAAGGCAGACGUCAUUUACGUCUUCAACCAGGGCCGCAUUGUCGAAGCCGGCACUCACCCUGAGCUGAUGAAGAAGAACGGCCGCUAUGCCGAGCUUGUCAACCUCCAGAGCUUGGCCAAGAACAACUAA